UGUGCUGUUUUCUUACGGCCCGCAUCUAGUCAUCCUUAUUAUAUCUCAGCACAACGCCGGGAUAAAUAGCUUUUGUGCAAUCCCAUUUAUUCCCAGUACCCGGCUGCUGCAUGUCCUUAUUGGCACCAUCAUCGUCUGGGUAUUUGCUGCGGGUUUUAUUUGUAUAAUUAGCAUGUUGGUGAUAAGCAUUCACAUUGUUCGCACCUCGAGGCAAACAAAGACGUUCAUGGACAGGAUCGAUCAUUCGUAUGGCACCGGAGGACAGCACCGGGCUUACACUACAGCUGCGCUGCUGAACAGAACGCUACGGACUGUUGUAUGGUUCCCAAUUACGCCCGUUAUGUCGCUGUGGUUCAACAGUGCAAUGAUCAUCACUCGCCACUUCACACAGAAAGCCCACAUCCCACUGGAGUUCAUCAACAUAUCCCUGUUUUCGCUGAUGACGAUCUUUAUGGCUGCGGCAUUCUUCUUCAAUCCCAUGGUCAUCGAGUUUUUGCACGAUUACAGGAAAUCGUGGAGUCUGUCUAGGCGCGAAUGUAUUCAGGGUAGACUGCGCCGUAAUCCGGCGGAGCUGACAAUUAGCAUUUCGUCUCUUUCUGUCUUCCAGCCCACCAGUAAGACAGGCACUUAGGUAGCUUUGGACUCUUAUCUCGAAACUGCCCAAUAAACAUACAAG